AUGAAAGAGGAGGUAUCUCAUGACUUCACCGCCGUUACUGGGAAGGGUAUUUCUUCCCAUCAGAUUCUCGUCGACGAGAACACAUUACAGGCAUUAAUCCAACGUGUUGAGGAGUUGGAAGAAGAGAACACCACCCUUCGAGAAGAUGCAGACAAUAUCUCAACUGUUCCCAUUGACUUGCCUGCCAAAGUUCAGCUCUUCUAUUGCUUAGAAAGAGUCGAGCUGGACGACGACAGUGUCGACGAAAGAAGUCGGACUGUCUAUCUUUCUCCUCCUGAGUGGGUAGUUUUUGGCGACGAUGUCGACCUCAGAGGUCGAUUCCCCAUCACAGACCCUGGUGACUACGCCGAAGAACAAGGCGCAUCACUUAUCGUCUACAAGUAUUACUCCGUGGACUAUCAAUACGACGCGGUAAAUGCUGCCAAAAGAGCAAAGCAACCGCUCCCUGAACCAGAACCAGCCAGCCAGGAUGUUGUUCUAGUGACGGAAGAAAUGGUUGAGGCAGUCGAGGCCUUAUUUGAGCUUUUCCCUUCAAUGAGCGACGACUUUCCGUAUGUUUACGAGAUGGGCAGCUUGCAGGACCCUCACCUCUGGUGGUAUCACUGCCGAACUGGCUUCAAGAUGGAGGCACUGUCAGAGAGACACGCUCAAUUGGUUGGACUUCUCGUUGAAUGGAUCGAAAGUAACUUUGCACCACUUUAUGACCAAAUCGACGAUCAAUUCAAGAGAGGAAAGGUCUCGAGCGACUCCAUUGAGUUCCUAAUACGCCCAGGAGAUACCCUCGUCGCAGACAAGAACGGCAGAUACAGUGGACGCGUUGCUACCACUCGACCGGCUCCUCACAAGCAGAAGAAGAAAUCGGACGAUUCAGAUAAGGAACAAGAGAAACAGGGGACGCACACGUGGAUUGUGGAAACGCGCUCCUACGGAUAUGCAGGAAAGUUCUUUGCAGUCGAUAGGGAGCUAUUCAUUGACUUCCCACCCAAAUAUAGAGGCGGGGAAAUUAAUAUCACGGAUCUCAACGUUAUACCGCUAUCAUAUGCAAAGCCCAGGGUAAAAGAAAUAUUACGACAGCGAGGCAAGAGGUUUUGGAAGCUGCGAGAGAAAACGCUCAUCUCGUAUGAAGGCAGUGAUUCUGAUAGGAUACAAGCGGGGCAACGGUUUAUGGUGGACUUUGACACCUACAAGGAACUCCAUCCAGGAAGCAGCUACAUGAGACAAGAAGGUUAUAUAUCAGGCCGAAAACCGAACUUGCCAAAGGAUGGAAGCGAGCCUGAGGAACCAGAGAUUUACCUGUUCCCUAAGCUGAUCCCGGGAUUUGACCUGAGACGUAAGAAAUGGGUUGAUCUCGAGGUCGAUCGAAUUCGAGACGUCAGCUGGAACAAGGAGGCUUUUAAAAGUCUCGUCGCGGACGAAGCCAUGAAGGAGCUGGUCCUAGCUCUAGUGACCAACCAACUCGAUGCCGAGAAAAACACAGAUCUUAUCGAAAGCAAAGGCAGCGGUCUCAUCAUGCUCCUGCACGGGUCCCCGGGAACAGGUAAGACAUUUACAGCUGAGUCUGUGGCAGAAAUCGCCAAGAAGCCUUUAUAUCCAGUUACGUGCGGAGAUAUUGGCACUGAGCCUGCAGACGUGGAGAAGUAUCUCGAAUCUGUGUUCCAUCUAGGCAAGGUUUGGGACUGUGUUGUACUUCUUGAUGAAGCAGAAGUUUUUCUUGAACAACGAACUUUACAAGAUUUGAAGAGGAAUGCUUUGGUGUCUGUAUUCCUUCGAGCGCUGGAGUACUAUGAAGGCAUCCUCAUCUUGACGACUAACCGUGUUGGGACAUUUGACGAGGCCUUCAAGUCACGUAUCCAGCUGGCUCUACGGUACGAGAAGUUGAAGGACUACCAGCGAUUACAAAUCUGGAAGAACUUCCUGGUGAGGUUGAAGAGUUUAGGAGAGGAGGAAAGUAUCGACUUUGAUGAUAUCGAAUUAUAUCUGGAAGAGUUGGCAAAGUAUCCUAUGAAUGGACGGCAAAUUCGGAACUCGAUCACAACGGGGCGACAGUUGGCCAAGUAUAAGAGGAAGAAGAUGACGUUUGCGCAUUUGAAGAGGGCGAUUGAUGUCGCGGAUAAGUUUGACAGGUAUUUGGCUGAUGUACAGGAGGGUGAUAUGGAGGAGUUUAGUGGCAGGGGAGAAAGUGGACGAUAUACACCCGAGUAUCUUGCGAGGGCUGAUCAAAUCCGAUGA